AUGGGGAAUAUUACUGAAGGGAAGUUGAGGUUUUGCAUAGACAGAGGAGGCACAUUUACUGAUGUUUAUGCAGAAAUCCCGGGUCGGUCUGAUGGCCAAGUUUUGAAGCUUCUGUCAGUUGACCCUUUGAACUAUGAUGAUGCACCGGUGGAAGGGAUUCGGAGGAUCCUUGAAGAAUUCAUUGGUGAGAAAAUUCCUCGCACCUCGAAGAUACCAACUGAUAAGAUUGAGUGGAUAAGGAUGGGUACAACUGUGGCAACAAAUGCACUUUUGGAGCGCAAGGGAGAAAGGAUUGCAGUAUGUGUGACUCAAGGCUUUCGUGAUUUACUCCAGAUUGGUAACCAGGCUCGCCCCAGUAUAUUUGACCUGACUGUGUCAAAGCCUUCAAAUCUCUAUGAAGAAGUUGUUGAGGUUGAAGAGAGAAUUCAGCUUGUUCAGUCUGAGGGAGAAGAAGAAAAGCAGGGUGCUUCUUCAUUUCUGGUUAAAGGAAUUUCAGGUGAGCUUGUCAGGAUUGUGAAGCCUCUUAAUGAAGAAGCGCUGAAGCCUGUACUGAAAAGUUUAUUGGAGAAAGGAAUUAGUUGUUUGGCUGUUGUUCUGAUGCAUUCAUACACUUAUCCACAGCAUGAGCAACAGGUCGAGAAGUUAGCUUUGAGUCUGGGGUUCAGACAUGUUUCUAUAUCAUCUGCUUUGAGUCCCAUGGUGCGUGCUGUUCCUCGUGGUCUAACAGCUAGUGUAGAUGCUUAUCUGACCCCAGUUAUUAAAGAAUAUCUAUCAGGAUUCAUCUCCAAAUUUGAUGAGGGAAUUGGAAUGUUGAAUGUUUUGUUUAUGCAAUCAGAUGGAGGACUUGCUCCUGAGAGUUCCUUCUCAGGCCACAAAGCAAUUUUGUCUGGCCCUGCUGGAGGAGUUGUUGGUUACUCACAAACUCUUUUUGGUCUUGAAACAGAUAAGCCAUUAAUUGGGUUUGAUAUGGGAGGAACAUCUACGGAUGUGAGUCGAUAUGCUGGUAGUUAUGAGCAAGUUCUGGAAACGCAAAUUGCUGGUACCAUCAUUCAAGCACCUCAGCUUGACAUAAACACGGUAGCUGCUGGCGGUGGUUCAAAGUUGAAGUUCCAAUUUGGUGCCUUUCAAGUUGGACCAGAAUCAGUUGGAGCACACCCUGGUCCUGUAUGUUACAGGAAAGGUGGAGAGUUGGCAAUAACUGAUGCUAACCUAAUUCUUGGAUAUGUUAUUCCUGAUUAUUUCCCUUCUAUAUUUGGGCCAAAUGAAGAUCAGCCUCUUGAUGUCAAGUCAACAAGAGGAGAGUUUGAGGAGCUUGCUAGGCAAAUAAAUGCUCACCGAAGGAAUCAGGAUCCAUCUUCAAAAGUCAUGACGGUGGAAGAGAUUGCACUUGGGUUUGUGGAUGUUGCUAAUGAGACAAUGUGUCGUCCAAUAAGGCAGUUGACUGAAAUGAAGGGCUAUGAGACAAAGAACCAUUCACUUGCGUGCUUUGGAGGUGCUGGACCUCAGCAUGCUUGUGCUAUUGCUAGGUCGUUAGGUAUGAAAGAAGUGCUCAUUCACAAAUUUUGUGGGAUCUUAAGUGCAUAUGGAAUGGGAUUGGCAAACGUUGUAGAAGAGGCACAGGAGCCUUAUUCUGCAGUAUAUGGAGCUGAAUCUAGUAUUGAGGUCUCACAGCGAGAAGCUGUUUUACUGCGAAAGGUAAAGCAGAAGUUGAAAAAUCAAGCAUUUAAAGAGGAAAAUAUUUCAACAGAGACAUAUUUAAACUUGAGAUAUGAAGGUACAGACACUGCCAUCAUGGUCAAAAAGCAAAUAGCUGAAGAUGGACAAUUAUAUGAUUAUGCCUCUGAGUUUGUUAGGUUGUUUCAGCAGGAGUAUGGUUUUAAAAUCCAGAACAGAAAUAUUGUGAUCUGUGAUGUUAGAGUUCGUGGUAUAGGAGUUACCAAUAUAUUGAGGCCUCAAGCUGUAGAACCUGCCUCUGGCGGUCCUAUAGUCGAAGGCUACUAUAAGGUUUACUUUGGGAAUGGUUGGCAGGAAACACCUCUCUAUAAGCUUGAAAAGCUGGGCUUUGGCCAUAUGAUGUCUGGGCCAGCAAUCGUCAUGAAUGGCAAUAGUACUGUGAUUGUAGAACCCAACUGUAGAGCCAUCAUAACCAAAUAUGGAAAUAUCAAGAUUGAAAUAGAUUCCCCUUUAACCAGUGUUAAAAUUUCAGAUAAAGUUGCAGAUGUUGUACAACUCUCCAUCUUCAAUCACAGAUUUAUGGGUAUAGCUGAGCAGAUGGGAAGGACACUACAAAGAACUUCUAUUUCAACAAAUAUCAAAGAACGACUUGAUUUUUCCUGUGCUCUAUUUGACUCUAGUGGGGGCCUAGUUGCAAAUGCACCUCAUGUUCCUGUCCAUCUAGGCGCUAUGUCUAGUACAGUUCGAUGGCAGCUCAGUUACUGGGGUGACAAUUUAAGUGAAGGAGAUGUUUUGGUGACUAACCAUCCAUCAGCGGGAGGUAGCCAUCUUCCUGAUAUAACUGUUAUUACACCUGUUUUCUUCAAUGGGAACUUGGUAUUUUUUGUGGCAAAUAGAGGGCAUCAUGCAGAGAUCGGGGGUACUACUCCUGGAAGCAUGCCUCCAUUUUCAAAGUCCAUAUUGGAGGAAGGAGCUGCCAUUAAGACAUUUAAACUUGUGGAAAAAGGUGUCUUUCAAGAAGAAGGGAUCAGUAAGCUUCUGCAGUUCCCAAGAUCUGAUGGUCAGGGAAAUAAGAUCCCAGGAUCUCGCAGGAUUCAAGAUAACUUAUCAGAUCUGCGAGCGCAAGUAGCAGCAAAUCAAAGAGGAAUUACUCUAGUUCAAGAGCUCAUUGAGCAGUAUGGUCCGGAAACCGUUCAGGCUUACAUGAAUUAUGUACAGCUGAAUGCAGAAGCAGCAGUAAGAGAGAUGCUGAAGUCUGUUGGUAAUAGAAUUUCAUCCAAGUCAAAUGAACUUGCGACUGUUGAAGAAGAGGACUACAUGGAUGAUGGAUCCAUUAUUCAUUUGAAACUGAGCAUUGACUCUAAUAAAGGAGAAGCAGUUUUUGAUUUUGCUGGGACAAGUGCUGAAGUUUUUGGUAAUUGGAAUGCACCUGAAGCUGUAACAGCUGCUGCUGUAAUAUACUGUCUUCGCUGUUUAGUGAAUGUUGAUAUUCCUCUCAAUCAAGGUUGUUUGGCUCCAGUGAAGAUUCUUAUCCCAGAGGGCUCAUUUCUCUCUCCUAGUGAUGCUGCUGCUGUAGUAGGAGGUAACGUCCUUACAUCACAGAGGAUAACUGAUGUUAUAUUCACUGCAUUUCAAGCCUCUGCUUGUUCACAGGGGUGUAUGAAUAAUUUUACAUUUGGGGAUGACACUUUUGGUUACUACGAAACCAUCGGAGGUGGAAGUGGGGCUGGUCCUACAUGGGAUGGGACCAGUGGGGUACAAUGCCACAUGACAAAUACAAGAAUGACUGAUCCUGAGAUAUUUGAGCAAAGGUAUCCAGUAAUUCUGCACAAGUUUGGACUUAGAAAAAACAGUGGUGGAGAUGGAUUUCAUAAAGGUGGCGAUGGUCUUCUUAGAGAAAUAGAAUUUAGACGCCCAGUAAUUGCUAGCAUUCUUUCUGAGAGGCGUGUCCAUGCACCAAGAGGGCUCAAGGGAGGGAAAAAUGGUGCUCGUGGAGCCAACUACCUUAUAAAGAAAGAUAAGCGAAAGAUUUAUCUUGGUGGUAAGAAUACAGUCGAGGUGCUUCCAGGGGAAGUUCUUCAGAUUUUGACUCCUGGUGGUGGUGGAUGGGGUUCUCCAUUGUGA